AUGUCCAAGGUUUAUACGUAUUCGGAUUUCGAAGGAUUCAGUAAUUCAACGAAAGAUACUCUCAUCAGUCUGACUGAAAUCAUUGGCAGUGCAUGGAUGGUUUGUUUUCAAAUAUGUCCAGCACUGGCAUGUAUCAGUUAUGUUGUUAUUCUAUUCCAUCUGGUUAUUCUCUGUAGAAAAUCAAUGAGAAUUCAUUCGGUUAAUCUCAUCAUGUUGGGAAUCAGUAUCUGUGAUUUCGCCAAAUUAUCCUAUGAUACUUAUGCAGUUUUCUCUAUUUUAACAGCAACCAAAUGUACUCCUCCGUUGAGUUAUCCAUUCAAACUUAUGGAUUUCUGGUCACCUGCAGUUGCUGAUGUCGCGCGUCGCUUAGGAACUUGGCUCACUUUUCUCAUGGCUGUAUUGCGAUUUUUCAUUUUGAGAAGCUCUUUGAACCCGAGCUGUGAAGGGUUCGCAUCAAAUUUCAGUAUCCAAGGAUAUAAAUCAAUACUUAGAAGUGAGUAUUUGAACCGUCAGGGUCCUAUUGUUCGAAUUUUUAAUCUGGCUGAUGGAUUAUUGAAGCUCAUCCCUUCGAUAAUGUUCCCUAUUCUAACUGUUCUUCUGAUAAGAGAAUUGCGACGAGCUGAUGAUUCCCUCCGUAAAAAUUCAGUUUCAAAAAAAGAAGAAUCGAAAUCUGAUCACACGACAAAGCUAGUUAUAAUGAUGUCAAUCACAUUUAUUGCUGCAGAGGGACCCUACGGCGUUGUGUACUUUUUUCAAGGUGUUGUGACAGAGCCACGGGGUUUAGUAGAUAUGUCCUCUGAUCUUUUGAGAAUAUUUGAAGUUUUCAUGAUUAUAAAUGCUACGUCACACUGUUUAGUUUGUUUCGCCGUGUCUUCCCAAUAUCGGAGAACCGUCAAAGAUCUAUUUUGUUGUGUCAAGGAGCCAACAAUUAUGAGAUCAAGUGCGUCUAGAAGUGCUUUGGGUGGUGACAAUGUGAUAAAAGUAGUUUCGAAGAUGGAAAAAUGA